AUGCGCGGCUCACCUGAGGAUGCGCUCCUACAAGUGCCUGCGCCUCGUUUUCCUGACCCGCGCAACAUUGCUAUCUGGAAUCCGGAAAAGACCCGCCGACUUGAGCUGACCCGCAACAGCUUUAACCACAUGUUUGGCAAGUUCCUGGAAGAUGCGCUAUUUGACAGCGAAGGAAUGCUGCUGGAUGUUUUUGCUAAGAGUGGUCAUCAUGUGCGGCUGCGCAACAUAGCCACUGGCGAGCUCAUCUUGCCUUCUAUUGGCAACGUCAAAAACGAAUUCAGGCCCGGCAAGCAUGAGGCUCUCUGUGGAGAGUAUAUGCUAGAACAGCAUGGGAUGGACCUUGACGAAAUUCCUACGAGCUCGGGCAAGUGGCUUCUAGUGCCCGGGAAGCUGAGCGAGAUUACAGUUGAGCCCCCCAUUUUGGGCAACGAUUCUAUGCAUGAUCACUUGCGCAGGGUGUGCAAGUGCAACAACCAAAAGUACCUGACUACGUGGUAUGUAGUCUCAGACGAAAUGAAUGAGGCGCGUGCCUACCGCGAGAAGAAGGAAAAGCUGGCUAGGCGCUCGGCUUGA